AUGUCUGUGAGCUGUUCUUGAAAAAAAAUUCUUUAUUUUUGUUCCAAUUUCCACAACUCUAUCAAUCGAUCCUCUUCAAUAGGAAGCUCACUGAAGCAAAGCAAUGACUGUGGAAAUCCAACUUUACACUGGAGAUAGAAGAAUAGAAGAUCCAAAUCCACCCAAGAAGGAGACGAAUCAAAACAAACUCACCCUCCUCCCACUCAUCUUCCUCAUCUACUUCGAAGUCUCCGGUGGCCCUUUCGGAGAAGAACCAGUCGUUAAAGCCGCCGGACCCCUGUUCGCCAUCUUGGGUUUUCUUGUAUUCCCUUUCAUAUGGAGUAUACCAGAAGCCCUCAUUACGGCCGAGCUUGCCACCACCUUCCCCGGCAACGGUGGUUUUGUCAUCUGGGCUGAAAGAGCUUUCGGCCCUUUUUGGGGUAAUCUCAUGGGCUACUGGAAAUUCAUUAGUGGCGUCGUAAACAAUGCUGCUUACCCUGUUCUCUGUGCAGAUUACCUCAAACUCGUCUUCCCAAUUUUCGCUUCAGGUACCCCUCGCGUUGCUGCUAUCUGUGGAUCAACUCUGGUCUUGUCUUUCCUUAAUUACACCGGCCUCGCCAUUGUUGGUUACACUGCCGUUGCUCUGGGUUUCGUCUCUCUGCUUCCUUUCUAUAUAAUGGGUUUUGCUGCCAUACCCAAACUUAAACCCCAUCGGUGGCUCAGUAUGGGUGAGCCUGGAUUGAAAAAAGAUUGGCAAUUGUACUUGAAUACUCUGUUCUGGAACUUGAAUUUCUGGGACAAUGCAAGUACUUUGGCAGGGGAAGUAGAUAAACCCCAGAAGACCUUCCCCAAAGCUCUGUUAUUAGCAGGGUUCAUGACCAUUAUUGGUUAUCUGGUACCUCUAUUGGCCGCAACCGGAGCUCUUGAGUUAGAACAAGACAGAUGGGAUUCUGGGUUCCUGGCUGAUGCAGCAGGGAUGAUGGUUGGUGAUUGGCUCAAAAUUUGGAUCGAGAUUGCAGUUUUGUUGUCUGGGAUUGGACUCUUCGAAGCCCAGUUGAGCAGUGCAGCUUAUCAGGUCCUUGGCAUGGCAGAUCUGGGUUUCAUCCCCAAAUUCUUCUCCUUGAGAUCAAAAUGGUUCGAUACCCCAUGGGUUGGGAUCCUUUUGUCUAGUAUAAUCACACUAGCGAUCACAUUUAUGGACUUCAACAAUAUCAUAACAGCGGCGAAUUCCUUGUACAGUUUGGGGAUGUUGUUGGAGAUUGCUUCAUACAUCUGGUUGAGAAAGAAGUAUCCUAAGAUGGAUAGACCAUACAAGGUGCCAAUGGGAAUGGUGGGAUUGGUGAUUAUGUGUAUGAUUCCACUUGGGUUCCUGAUAUUCGUCAUGGUUAUGGGGUCAAAGCUUUCGUUUUUGAUUAGUGGGUCUGUUACUGGUAUUGGAAUUGUGGGCUACUUCGUCAUGAAAUUCUGUAAAUCUCGCGGCAGCUGUUUCGAGUUCACUAAGCAGGAGGAGGAAGACAAAGAAGAGGGAGGCCAGGAGGGAGGGGUUGUUUAAUUUCUUUUAUUUUUCAUUGUUAACUUCACUUCACAGAGUACAGUAGAACUCAGAAAACUCUGUAAAUGAGGACUCAUGACUCAGGACUCAGGGACUCAACUCAGAAGAACUGAAGAAGGAAGAGGAGGAGAUCUCAUGUGUAAUGGGAAUUGAGCAUUUACAGAUUUACUGUUGUUUCAACAAAAGAAAAAAGGGGAGAAGAAGUGGAGAGGAGGUUAGGACUUUUUCAAGGGGAGAGAAGAGAGAUAAACAUAGAUAUGGGUAUGCCAAGAUUAUGCCCUAACCUUUUCUCACAAAAGAAAAGAAAAAUACUGAGAUUUGUAAAGAAAAAAAAUAAAAUAAAAGGCCCUAUCUAUGUUGUGUACUAAGUCAUAUAAGAAGAUCCAAUAAUUGGAUUAUUCUGUUUUCCCA